GUGUGGGGAGGGCGUUUGGAGGGAAGGUUACCGGGAGCUCCAAGGCCGAUGGGGGGCAGGGAUCCCGGUGACAAAGAUGGGGGUAUUUUCUUUGUCUUCCACUUGGAAACCUCAGCACCCCCUUCAGGCACCCUAGACACUUCCUGGGGCCCAACCGAAGGUCGUAAACAUCCAGAGCGACUCCAGCCUUUCUGAGGAGUGAAACCCAAGUCCCGGGGUCCAUCCCAGCGGAGCGUGAGCGGGGAAUGCCCCGGUCAACCGGGCCGUCCGGAUUCCGCGCCGGCGCAGCCUCGGGCCUCAGUUCGGGAGAGAGAUCUGUCUGUCGGUCUGGGCUGAGGGAAAGGCAGCGGUGGCCUGGGCCACUGGUGAGGGCAGAAUAACCGGUGGGAAGCCUGCGUUUUCACGAAGGACUCGGGUGAAGCUGCAGAGCUGACUUUUAGCCCUGACUCCUUGGCUUCCUGGGUCGGAGGAGAUCUUGUAAUGGAGUGGUUCUUCGUCUCACACUAACAAGAUGCCUGAUAUCCUCAGGAUCGUGGGAUUGAAGAAUGUCCCGGGUCCCAUUGGGGAAAGUCCUCCUGAGGAAUGUCAUCCGGCACACAGAUGCUCACAAUAAGAUUCAGGAGGAAUCAGAUAUGUGGAAAAUAAGAGAACUGGAGAAACAGAUGGAAGAUGCUUACCAGGGCACCAAAAGGAAAAUGUUACCCAGCAGUUCAAGCCGGAUGCGUAGUGAUGGUUUUGAUGAAGAAAGUCAAAGAGACUAUUGGAGGCCAAAGAAUGAAAUUUCUGGGACACUGGAAGAUGAUUUUCUUAAGGCUAAAUCCUGGAACAAGAAGUUAUAUGAUUAUGAAGCUAAUAUGCCUGACAGAUGGGGUCACAGUGGUUAUAAAGAGUUAUACCCUGAAGAAUUUGAAACAGACAGUGAUCAGCAAGAUAUUACCAAUGGGAAAAAAACAUCUCCCCAGGUAAAAUCAUCUACCCACGAAUCCCACAAGCACAAGAAGUCAAAGAAAUCCCACAAAAAAAAGCAGAAAAAAAGGUCACACAAAAAACAGAAGAAAAGCAAAAAGGAAGCCACAGAUAUAACAGCAGAUUCCUCAAGUGAGUUCUCAGAAGAAACUGGGGCUUCCAGUACCAAGAAAAGGAAACAACCACAUAAACGCAAGAAAAAAUCCAGGAAAAAGUCUCUCAAAAAAUCUGUUUUAUUCUUAGAGGCAGAAAGUGACACUUCCCAGACAGAUGACUCAGCAUCUAGCAGUUCUGAGGAAAGUGAGGAAAGAGACACUAAGAAAACUAAAAGGAAAAAGAAAGAUAAAAAAGUCCAUAUCCCUAUAGCUAACAAUGAAAUACAGGAGAGGACAAACAAACGCACAAAUUGGAAAGUGGCCAAAGAUGAAAGGUCUGCUGAGAGCUCAGAAGAUGACUAAAUGGGAAAGAAACAUUUUUGUUUCCCACAUAACUCUGGAUAUUUACAGCUCUUAACACCUUGGGGUUUUGUCAGAUUUGUUCAGCACAGGGGGCCUGAGGUCAGAGCUGUCUCGUGCCAUCUAUGUAUGUUCUGACAGAUUUCUUGUCUUCUACUUUGGCCUGUUAAACUUGAUCCCCUUUUCUUGUUAAUAGGGAAUCCGGUAUUUUGUUAUGAAGGUUUCUUGAAGAGAUUAUUUUUUGCAAUUAAUCACAUUUAGUGUAGAGUACAUAUACAGCAAAUUAAAUGACCCAGAAAGCUGAAUCCAAGAAUGACCUGGGUACACCAAUUGGAAUGUUGAAUUUGGGGAGGUCAAGGGCUGGGAUCUAGAGGUGGAUUGGAACCAGUGCUUGGUAGGAUGGUAGACAAGGGAACACUUGCUGUCUUUGUUUACAUAGUAGGUGUCACAACUGACUUAUCUUCAGCCUUGGUGCUUUGAUUCUUCUGCAUUUUGAUCCCAGGAUGUGGUCCAGUUUACUUAAUGAGGAAAUGGGCAUAAGAACAAAUCUCUUCCUUUAUGAUAACUUCCAUAGACAAGUGUUAUUAAAAGGGACUAGGAUUCUCUCAAAUUUCCCUGUUGGACAGGGUAUAUAGCUACACUUAGUAUGCCCCUAAACAUGGCAACUGGAUAGUAAAUGGUUUUCUAGUUCCAUUGCUGUAUGUUGCCUAAAUGGACUUGUAUUUGGAAUUAUUUCUUUAGUUGUAGAUAAUCUACCAAAUAAGGAAGAAUUAGGAACUAGUCCUGUUGUCUAAUGGUGCUCUGAAUAGGAUUCAGGGCAGUGGCUGCCAUUUAAAUGUUGUCUUCCUUGUUCAUUUCUAAAUCUUAAUGAACUUUAGGUUUUCCCUGAAACUAAGUUGAAUAAGUUCCAAAAUGAAACAGGCUUCUCAGGGAUAUAUACACUUCUUCCCAGUCUGCCUUUGGAAUAAAGCACCAAGCAGAGACCACGUUAUUUCUUUUUGUUAUACUGUGAUCUCUACUAUGUUAAUUCUUAAGAAACCAAAACAUCACUGAAAGAAGGCUGGCAGAACACAAGUUAAUUUUUUCAUUAUGGGAGAAAAGUGACAUACUGCCAUUGUUUUUGUCUGAUUGUCACUUCACAGGCCAAGUAAAAAGUUUGAAAACUCAGACUUUUGGUCUUGGUUCUGCCAUUAAUUGGUUAUGAGGUACACAGCAGUUAACCUCCCUAGCCUUACUUUCCCCUUGUGUAAUACUGACAUACUUCAUGGUAGCAUGACAGUAUAAAUACCAGCAACAGAAUAAAACUGGUGACGUUUCAUAAGGUGGUAUUUUAUAGUUCUAACUACUAAAUUUAUUCUCUUUGCAGAACAGAUUUCUAAUAAAGUGCUUGGUCUUAAAAUACAUGGUUGGCCAAAGGUGCCCUAUCCCAAGAGCAGGUGCUACCUUUUGGGAUAUUUAUUUGAAUUAGUGCUUUGGUACUUAACUGUCAGUGUUCCAUAGUGUAUAUUUUUAUCUUUGGGAUUAGUGGGAGCCUAAAGGGGAGAGAACAGUCUAUAAUUACUACCUCUUAACCUAAAGCAAUGUUUUGUUCUUGGAGCAAGUGAAAUUUUUGUUGGAAGCAUUGUUUAGCAUUGUUUCUGUGCUCUAAAAGUACUGAUUCCAAACCCAGACUCAGGAAAGUGGGCCAGUGGAACAAGGCAUCUCCAGGAAGUUGGGUCUUGAACUUCUCCUCCUCCCAAACUAGCAGGCUUAUUUCUUUCCCAAGGAAUACACAUCUUGCUGUUCUUUUUUUUUUUUUUUUUUGGCCAUGUUUACCUUGGUUAUGAAUAAGCAAUAAAGCUGUUUUCUGUUCCUCA